AUGUACACCUCCUCUGAGUACAGUCCUUCCUUAAAUGAUCAGAUUGUCCACAUCUACAACAAGCCAUUUGACUGGGACCUAGUUCACUUUUUCUUCUUCUUCUUUUUAUUUCCACGUUAUGUUUCCUUUUUCUUUCCUUUUAAAUUUAUUUACUUUUCAACAGUUCACUUUUUCUUCUCCACUUCUACGUUGUGUUUCUUUCCUUUUCUUCAGUUCUCCUUUAUUUCCUUAAUUCUGUGGCAAACAUCUCUCCUUCCUGUCGACGCCUUUAUCUAUUUACUUUCAGUCCAGUCAAAUAAAUCACUUAUAUGUAGUUCGAGCCUGCGGCCAGCCUUGCUCAUCGACUGGCGUGAUAGUUCAUCAUUUUUCUUUCCUGCACGUAUUUGCUUAUCAGUGGCAUCAGCCGUCCGCGAAUGUCAUGCUUGCGCGCAAUUUCUUCUCUAUUUAUCCCCUUGCCUUUUUCAUCUGGACAGAUUGCCGGCAGCUCAAAGGAUUUUAGAUCGUCCAUUACACGCACGACGAACAGCUUUUCUGUUUGAACACUUACGAAUAAUAGGCGACCGAAACUUCCGUCUAACAAAUAAUCAUAUGUCAACUUAG